AAAAAAAAAAAAGAAAAAAAAAAGAAGGAAGGAAGGAAAAUUCAGUGGCGUAGAUAAAACGACGUGUUUGAUCAAAUUCAUUCGUUACAUCCGAACAAUCCAUAGAAAAUCUCCAUCCAACGUUCUCUCUUUCUCUGAACAUUCUUCUCCGAAACCCUAGAAUCGAUAAAGCCCUAACAUGUCUCGCUGUUCAGAAACCCUAGCAUUCACCCUCUUCCUUUCAUCUCUUCUUUUCUCUCUUUCCGCCGCCAACGACGAAGUCCACAAGCUCCUGUUGGACCACGGCCUUCCGGCCGGAAUCUUGCCGGACGCGGUAAGCUCAUUCAAUAUAUCCGCAGGCGGCGACUUCUCCGUCGAAUUGUACGGGCCCUGCUACAUCAAGUUUGACUACAUGGUCUACUACGAUCGCGUCAUCUCUGGUAAUCUCAAGUACGGCUCCAUCACGAGUCUGAAGGGCGUUCAGGUGCAGAAGUUCUUGCUGUGGCUCAAUGUUGAUGAGAUCAGGGUUGAUUUGCCACCGUCGGAUUAUAUCUACUUCCACGUGGGUAUGAUUAACAAGAAGCUCGACGUUAAGCAGUUCAAGAAGGCUAGAUCUUGCAGGAAGCCGGCUUCGUUUCAAGAAAUUUGGGAGGUUCCAGCUUCUGUGAAUGAAAUCCCAAUGCUACUUACUGAGUAGAUGCGAUGAAACAAUAAAGGCUUGGCUGUCAUAUGUGGAUUCUCAACCAUUGAUCAGCAUUACCUUGUUAGAUUUGUACUUGAAAAUCAAGACUUUGAUAAAUUUCAAAGACUGAGAUAUGUAAUCAAAUGAUACUGCAAGUGUGGUAUAUGUACAUAGCCAAAAAAAAAUUCACCAGCAUCCUCAUGCAAUGUUUUAGGUUUACGUACAAAAAAAAACCAGGAGAACCUGCCCAAGUUCAAUAUAAUGAAUAUAGUUUUAGAGUAUA